AGGGCUGGAAGCCAAGGACAAACAUGGCGGCGGCCGCAUAGUGGCGCUUUGGGUACAUCAUGAAAAUUCUUCUUUUUUACCCACGUCAACAAAUACAAAAAUUUUAAUUGUGUUGCAAUAUUCGCUGUUUUAACGAGUUUUCAUCGUCAUUAACUAAAAGAUUGACUCAUUUAGUGAAGUGAUUACAAUUUCCUGCCUGUGCACCACAUACAUCUGGCUGACAUAACCGACCUUGAAACGGAAAACUCUUCCUGGAUUCAUAUUAACUUCCCCAGAUUCGAAAAUUUUUGCAUCUAAUAGUUUUACCACCAAUAAAUCUUCUAUGGGUUGCAGUCGUCAUGCAUCAAGUCAGCAAAUUACAAAUCACCAAGUUAAAUCCACAUUUGACAUGUUUGUUGUGUGGAGGUUAUUACAUUGAAGCAACGACUAUCAUAGAGUGCCUUCAUUCUUUUUGCAAGUCCUGCAUCGUCAGAUAUCUGGAGACCAACAAAUUCUGCCCAGUCUGUGAAGUGCAAGUCCAUAAAACAAAGCCUCUUCUGAAUAUCCGUUCAGAUCAAACCCUUCAAGAUAUUGUCUAUAAAUUAGUCCCUGGGCUUUUUCAACAUGAAAUGCGGCUCAGGAGAGAAUUUUACAGCAAACACCCUAAUCAGCUGCCUUCAAAUCCAGAGGACAGAGGUGAAGUGACAGAACAGUACAUUUACUCCUCUGAUGAAACCAUCUGCCUUUCAUUGGAAUAUGCAGACGACCUCCAAGGUCGGGAAGAUGUGAAAGAUGUGAAAGAAGAAAACGAAAGCCAGUUGAAUGGGAAACGGUUUCUUCGAUGUCCCGCUGCUGUUACAGUUGGCCUCCUCAAACGUCUUAUUCGGGGGAAAUAUGGGUUAGAUUUGAAUCACGCUUUAGAUAUUCUCUACGGAGAUUCUUUCCUAUGCGACGAAUAUUCACUGGUGGAUCUAGCUUACAUCUACAACUGGCGGCGGAAAGGCCCUAUGAGGCUGAAGUAUCGCAUUUACCAACGAUUGCAAAGCUCCAGUCCUUUGACUAACGGCACCAAUGGUAGCGAAGAAGCCCCACAGAAAAUCAAAGAAGAAGCUGUAGCAGAGGAUAAGAAAAUGACGAAUGAAGUUCAACUUGAAAUCAGCGAAUGUGGUGUUAUGAGUGUUCCAAAUGUAGAUGCCAAAAAUGGCAUUCCAGAAGAAACUCAGCCUACAAUUCCCAAUACCUCCAGCGAGAAACCUGAAGAGGUAAAAGCACCCUCACCUAAGCCAGAAGCAAGUAGCGAAGCGCCGUUGGUGUGUGUCACUGUUUCCACCGACAUUUCUGCCGAUUUAAACGGAGAGACUUCAGUUAAUUGUUCACCAUCUGUCGAUGUCAAAACAGGAGACUCUGUUGAAGUCAAAACGACAAUUACCGUUAACGAAAACCCUACUAUUACUACUGGUACUACUAGUUCGGAUACCGCUAGUAAUCCUCCUGCAUCUCAUCUUACUUCAUCGGCCCGCAAUAAAAUCCCUUCUUCUACUGGCCACAAAACUCUAAAACCACCAUCUUCUUCAUGGAACCAAAAUGUGAACAGAGUAGGAACCAAGAGACCAUCUAGUUCAGUAGCAUGCAAUGAUGGUGGUAGCCUAAACUUGGCUAACGCAGAGCAAACGCUUCCAACUCCCGCCAAAAGGGCAACACCUUCAAGUCCAUUAAAAACUCCUCGAUUCUUCAAAGUGCGCAACGCUUCGCAACCUACCGACACUAACGGAGGGACUUGCAAAGCUACAGGAACGUCUAUCGCAUCCGUCACUGAAUCACCUGUCCAAGAGGUGGCCGUCAACUUGACCAAAGCAUCCAGUAGUCCUAAGAAGCCAACUGAUAAAGAAAGGUCGUCGAGAGAAGGUAAAGAAGGAAAAGCUCCAUCUCCCCGACCAGAUAUUGGAAGUAAUCCAAUUCGCCCUUACUCUGUUCCUGUCCCUUCCCAAUCGAAAAGGCAACCAUCCCCUAAUUUAGCAGCCGAGGAUGCUGCUGCUCGAUUGAGGCAUCUAUUAAAUCCUAUUUCUUCAGCGGCUUCUACAACAACAUCUCCAUCUUCGGGUGACAGCUCUGUUCAGCAGCUCAGAUUUCCAGCUGCAGCUUGGCUGAAUCUGGCGAGAGGAGUGCCAAAUCGCCCUGUUCCACUUGCAUUAGGACCUGGUUCCCCAUUUAAUAAUCGACCUCCACUUUCACCAGCUCAUUUUAUAUCCAGCUUUAUAGCAUCUCACCCUCACUACCCGUAUCUUUCUCCCAUGGGGCUUCCUCCUGCUCCGGAUAGUAAAAAAUCCCUCCCCUCUUCCACGGCGUCGUCUUCGUCGUCUUCUAUCCCAUCUCCACAAAUGCACAAAUCCAUCAGUCCAAGGACGUCGAAUAGCUUUCCUACACCAACUUUCAACUUGAACACAUUGCAACAAUGCACUUACCCAUCCAGCCUGUCUCCGUUGCUACCGAAUCUUCCUCGUGAAUUGGUUGGAUCUUUCUACCAUUCAUCUUACGUCCCGCGACCUUUCAUGUCCGCUCGCGGUGGCCCGCUUUCUGUUUCCCCAAAAUCUGUUUCCUCGUCCUCAUCUGUUGGUAGCAAUAGUAGUGGCGGAGGAUUUCAUCCGUCGAUGCCUCCCACGGUGACGACGACCACAUCCAACAGCUCCUCUUCGGCAGCGGGAAGGAAAUCUUCUCCAGGUUUGCGACCUACUGUGCCUCGACGAAAUGUUGCCCCACCUCCUCCUUUGGUACCCAUCGGGACUCCAAGUUCCGUACGUUCACCACCUACGCUUCUCCCAAUUAAAGACAUAGUUGAGAAAGAAUCAUCGUGUGCAAAAUCGACCUCGCCUGCAGCUUCAAACUGCACGUCCGUCGUGGAAAGUUGUGUCCCUCAGAUGGAGGAGGAAAUCGUCAAAAGCGGCCCAGUUUCUAAAUCCACCGAUGGCAAACCUGUUGAUUCUACGAGUGAGAAUCAACAUUCUCCUGCAAAAGAAAAUGGUAAAGUUAUCGGGGAUGCGGACAGUGGUAAAGCCGACACUCCUGCAGCGUCACCAUUAGAGGGUUCGAUUAACAAGACAACAACGGAUAAUGCCAAUGUGGUACUCGAAAAUAAAUCCGAGUCAAAGGUGGAAAUUGCUGCACCGGCUCCAUCUUAAUUCUUGAAGAGGACGAGUUCACCAGUGAUUGGAAGUGUGCGUGACAGUGUCAUUUUUUGUACAUAGUCUUAUCAUACAGUAUCCUUCUUCUUCGCUCACUUCCUAAGAUGAGUUUCAAUAUAAACGUAAGAUCUGAUCUAUUAUUUAUCAUUAGACCGUUUUAUUGAUUUCAGAACGCGGUACCUUUUGUCAUCCCUUGUUUGUUUUUUUGUUUCACCUUUCUUCAUCUGCAACUGUGCGCACGGGUGUGUCGUCACAUUCAAUCUGUAUAGGAGUGCGAUAUUUCGUACAAUGAAUGAGUGGAGACGAAGGUCUUCAAUGCCUUCAUAAACUGUCACUGUAUUUCGCGCGUUAGUUUAUUUCCCAUUUUUUUGUAAUCCUAGUGUUAACUAAUGAAAAUACACUUUGCAAAUGCGA